GUUUCGUGUUGAAGAAAAUCAGUGUGUUUGGGUUGUAGGAGAUCUAACCAGUUACCAUGAAGCUGGGCUGUGUCCUUAGGACCUUGGCCCUCUACAUCUUUGCAGCUAUACUUUGGGCAGCCCAGAUAUUACCAUCUGCCAGUUUUGAGACUCUGCAGUGUGAAGGACCUGUCAGCCCUGGGGAGAGUAGACGCCACACUGAUGAAGAUGUGACCAAUCCAAAUGAAGCUGGCUACCAGAUCAAGGGCUACACUUUCAGUGAACCCUUCCAUCUGAUCGUGUCCUAUGACUGGCUGAUCCUCCAAGGUCCAUCUGCACCCAUAUUUGAAGGGGACCCAUUGGUUCUGCGCUGCCGGGCCUGGCAAGACUGGCCACUGACUCAGGUCACCUUCUACCGAGAUGGCUCAGCUCUGGGUCCUCCUGGACCUAAUAGGGAAUUCUCCAUUGCUGUGGUACACAAGGCAGACAGUGGGCACUACCACUGCAGUGGCAUCUUCAAGAGCCCUGGUCCUGGGAGCCCAGAAACAGCACCCACUGUGGCUAUCACAGUCCAAGAACUGUUUCCAGCCCCUGUUCUCAAAGCCUUGCCCUCAGCAGAGCCCCAAACUGGAGGCCCAUUGACCCUAAACUGUCAGACAAAGCUGUCCUCGCAGAGGUCAGCUGUCCACCUCCUCUUCUUCUUCUACAAGGAUGGAAGGACAGUGCACAGCAGGGGACUCUCCUCAGAAUUCCAGAUCCCCACAGCUUCAGAAGAGCAUUCUGGAUCCUACUGGUGUGAGGCAGCCACUGAGGAUGGCCAAGUUUGGAAACAGAGCCCACAGCUGGAAAUCAGGGUACAGGGACCCUCCAGUUCUACUGCAUCUUCCACCUAUAAUCCAGCUUCUCAGAAAUCAACAGCUCCAAAACCAACUCCUACAGAGAACUCUGAGUCUCUACCUCCACUCACCACCCCUUCUGAGCAUGAAGGCUUCUCCCCAGACCCGCACCUGCACCACCAGAUGGGCGUUCUUCUCAAACACAUGCAGGAUGUAAGAGUUCUCCUCGGUCACCUGGUCAUAGAGCUGAGGGAAUUGUCUGGCUUCCUGAAGUCUGAAACCACAAAGACUCCUGACAAAUGAAAGCACACCUUUCACCCGUGAUAUGGCUCAGCAACCCCCAAUAAUGUCAACUCUUUUUGUCCUGCACAUAUACAUAGUUUUACAAGUUGUCCCAGUGUUUU